AUGUUGUACUCGGAGUCCAUAUCUGCGAAGAAAACCAAUUAUAUAUCUGAUGCCGGAGUCCGGUCGCUUUUUUUUGAACUCGCCAACAAGGAUAUCGAGGUCGGCAUUGCUGCACUCCCUCCUCCAUCCACCCGUAACAAUCGUCCUUGCUUAGGCAGCUUCGAUGGGCGCGAAGAGCCUUUGCUCAAAGAAUCCAAGCGCUGUUUCGUUCUUUUCCCCAUUCAAUACCAUGAGAAAGCCGAAGCAUCAUUCUGGACUGCUGAGGAGAUGGAUCUCUCAAAAGACAUCCGGACAACUUCAACAAGCUGCUCACCUGACUGGACGAACCGUCUUAAUGACAACGAACGUCAUUUUGUUUCACACGUCCUCGCCUUCUUCGCUGCAUCCGAUGGCAUUGUCAAUGAAAACCUCCUUGAACGUUUCUCCAAUGAGGUCCAGGCUGCUGAAGCCCAGUGCUUCUACGGCUUCCAAAUUAUGAUGGAGAACAUUCACUCCGGGACCUACUUACUUCUCAUCGACACUUACAUCAAGGAUUCCACCCGGCGCGAAUACCUCUUUGACGCCACGGAAACUAUUUUUGCUGAGCACUUGGUCGCCUUCGCUGCCAUCGAAGGCAUCUUCUUCUCUGGUUCUUUUGCGUCCAUCUUCUGGCUGAAGAAGCGUGGUCUGAUGCCUGGACUUACGUUCUCCAACGAGCUCAUCAGCCGUGAUGAAGGUAUGCACAUCGAUUUUGCUUGCUUGCUCUUUAACCACCUCAAGCGUCGCCCGCACCCUGAUAUUGUUAAGUGUAUCAUUAUUCAGGCUGUUGUCAUCGAGCAGGAAUUUCUCACUGACCGCUUGUUGGUGUCGCUGGGCAACGACAAAGGGAAGACCAACUUCUUCGAGAAGCGCGUGUCAGACUACUCAAAGGCGAACGUCAACCACACGAAUGCCAAGACCAACCAGGUAUCGAGCAAAACUUUGUGA